AUGUCUCAGGCUGAGUUUGACAGCGCUACUGAGGAGAGUAAGCACCUCAGGACCAAGCCAGCAGACGAUGAGAUUCAGUCCAUCCACAGCCACUACAAACAAGCAACUGGGGGUGACAUACAUACAGAACGGCCUAGGGUAUUGGGCCUCAAAGGCAAGGCCAGGUGGGAUGUCUGGAAUGAGCUGAGAGGGACUUCCAAGGAAGACGCUAUCAAAGCUUACCUCGGCAGAGCAGAGGAGCUGAAGAGGUGUGGGGUCUAA